AUGACAUCCACAACUUAUCAUGGGGCCAAUGAUGGGGUUCAAGUGGCCAACAACUAUGGUAGCAUCACGACAGAAAUUCACAUGUCCAAGCGAUCAAAAAACUCCCACCAUGACGAUUUGCGUGCCCCGCCACGCACUCAGUACACCAUCGCUUGGGUCUGCGCGCUAUACAUAGAAAUGGCAGCAGCCCAGGCAAUGCUAGAUGAGCUCCACGAACGCCUACCUGCUAGUGUGGACAAUAACAACUACAUACUCGGCAGCAUCAAUCAGCACAAUGUCGUCAUUGCGUGUUUACCGGAAGGGCAGUAUGGAACAAACAACGCUGCAAUCGUCAUGACCAAUAUGAAGCGAACCUUUCCGGAGAUUCGUGCAUGUUUGAUGGUUGGCAUUGGCGGCGGUGUACCCAGAAAGGCUGAUAUCCGUUUGGGUGAUGUUGUCGUCGGAACGAGGGUGAUACAGUGUGAUCUUGGAAAACUCAUCGGAGACGGACAGCUCCAACGAACGGCAAUUUCUAGGCUGUGUCAUCCGUUGUUCGGUACAACUAUAUCUACCGUGCGCUCGAAGCAUGAGCACCGCCCCAGUCAAGUUCCCUCUAUCUUGCAACAAAAACUUGGAGGACGCCAUUCAUACUCUCGCCCGACUUCUGCGGAUCUUCUUUUCUAUGCGUCUUAUGAGCACGAGUCUCUCGCCGAUAGCUGUGACGGAUGUGACCAUUCAAAGCUAGUCCCACGGAGCAGACGGGCGCCCCAUGAGGUGAUGAUCCAUUACGGCGCAAUUGCCUCGGGGAACCAAGUCAUGAGAAAUAGCACAACAAGAGACACAGUUGCUCGAGAGCUAGAUGUUAUGUGUUUCGAGAUGGAAAGUGCUGGGCUGAUGGACAUCCUCCCAUGUCUUCCAAUUCGAGGAAUCUGUGACUAUGCAGAUUCUCAUAAAAACAAAGAAUGGCAGAGAUAUGCUGCUGCAACCGCGGCCGCGUACGCAAGAGAGUUGCUUGAAGAGUUGCAUGUGACUGAAUCUCAUCCAAGCAUCAGCACCACAAGCGAAUCUAUCAACGAAAGGAAAUUGCGCGAAAGGCGGGAGCGACUGCUGGAGUCCUUCAAGUUCGAUCAGAUCGAUUUCCGAAAAACAAUAAUCAAAGAAGAAGAGGAAACGACGUGUCGCUGGUUUCUCAGCCAUCCUGAUUACGAAGCAUGGCUUGAUCCAGCAAGAUUGACACAGCACCAUGGCUUUCUGUGGAUCAGCGGUAAGCCCGGUGCUGGAAAAUCGACUAUCAUGAAGUUUGCAUAUAAGAGGAUCACGGACGAUACCCGCUACAGGUUUACUGUCACUGCUUCGUUCUUCUUCAACGCUCGAGGCACCGACCUUGAAAAAUCGACAUUCGGGAUGUAUCGAUCAUUACUGCUUCAAUUGCUUGAGGCGUUUCCAGACCUUCAAGUUGUACUGGAUAAUUCCGACCUGGUUCCCAAAACCCAAAACGACUGCUUUCCCUUGAUUGUUUUAAAGAACGUAUUUGAGAAGGCCGUUUGCACUCUCGGCAAACGCUCAUUCAUCUGCUUUAUCGACGCUCUUGACGAGUGUGAUGAGCAACAAGCCGUGGAAAUGGUUCAAUACUUCGAAGCCCUGACCAAAAGGUCCACGGAAAAGGAUAUCUCAUUUCGAGUCUGCUUUUCCAGUCGACAUUAUCCUUACAUUUCCAUACAAAGGGGAAUCCGACAUACCCUUGAGCAUCAGUCGGGACAUACAGCGGACUUAGCAACAUACGUCACAAAUCGUCUUCACAUCACAGAGCCUAAGCUUGUCACGGAUCUGCGACAAAAGAUUCUUAGUAAAGCUGCCGGAGUGUUCAUGUGGGUCGUCUUGGUUGUAAAGAUCCUUAACAAGGAGUAUGGACGCGGUGGGUUGGCCUUGAGAAAGAGACUUGCGGAGUUACCCAGUGAUCUGAGCGAACUAUUCAAAGAAAUCUUGAGGCGUGACGAAGACGAUAUGGAGGCUUUUCAGCUCUGUAUCCUCUGGAUUUUAUACGCAAAGAAACCUUUACGACCCCAGGAGCUCUAUCACGCUCUCUGGAUUGGGUUGUCUCCGACGGACUUGGUUGAUAGCCAUAUUCCGGAUGCCACUGUCUCAGGUGCCGGUGUGAGUCCUGACACUUGCAGGAUCACCAGAUCUGUCAUCGGCUACUCAAAAGGACUAGCCGAGACCACGAUGUCUAGGGAUCCCAUUGUGCAAUUCAUCCACGAAUCUGUCCGAGACUUUCUGAUCAAAGAUAAAGGUUUGUAUGAGUUGUGGCCUGAGCUUGGAUUAGACUGCGAAGGUCUAAGUCAUGAGAGGCUCAAACAAUGCUGCAACCUCUAUAUGAAUCAUGACCUGAUCUGUGAAUCUGUCACCAAUUUGCUGUCGGAGUCUGACGCCCAUCGGCACCAGAGCGCCUUGAGAGGGAUUUCAAAAGAUUAUCCGUUUCUGUGGUAUGCCAAUCAACACAUUCUCUUCCAUGCAAAUGCAGCGGCGAAAGUCGUCCCCCAAGAUGCGUUCUUGUCAUCUUUUGCUGUCUUAAGCUGGAUCGAUAGGAACAAUGUGUUUCCACAGCUCAACACGGGUCAAUACAGCCGGAACGCAAAUUUUUCUUAUAUCCUAGCUGAUAGAGGAUGCCCCGAGCUCAUUCGUGCAAGACCCAAAGAACAUCCACACACCCAGGUUCGUGGGGAGAGAUAUGAUUAUUCAAUCUUUGCUGCUAUCGCCAGGGGCAGCAACGACACUGUUGGUGCUAUUUUGGACUUGUCUUCGAGCUUUCAGGAUGACAUUAGCCUUGAAGACUACUUUCGGUACAGCGCCCAAUUCAGCAAUUACGAGGGACGAACACCGUUAACUUGGGCGGCUCAGGAAGGCCAAGAAGGCAUUGUCAGGCUACUCCUCCAGAGAGGGGUAGGCAUUGACGGUGCAGAUCGUCGGGGGCUGGUGCCGCUUUCUCGGGCCCUCAGUACUCGCCAAGAGACAGUAGCAAGAUCUCUCAUUGAAAGCGGUGCUGACAUUCAUGCCAGAGAUCGAGAUGGACGGACACCACUUUACUACUCUGUGGCCAAUGACAAUGACACAAUAACGAGGCUUCUGGUUGUCAGCGGUGCCGACAUCAAUGCCGGAGAUUUGAAUGGACAAACACCACUUUACCGGUCUGUGACAAAUGGUAAUGAGACAGCUGCAAGGUUUCUCAUUGACAGUGGUGCCGACGUCAAUAUCGCAGAUGAAACUGGAUGGACACCACUUUAUCGGUCUGUGAUGAAAGGCAACGAGGCAAUAGCAAAGCUUCUUGUUGAAAACGGUGCCCUCAUUGAUUCCGAAGAUCUGAAUGGACGAACGCCACUUUAUCGGUCUGUAACCGAUGGAAAUGAGACAAUGACAAGACUUCUGGUUGACAGCGGUGCCAAUAUCAAUGCCGGAAAUCUCAAUGGACGAACACCACUUUAUCAGUCUGUGAUCAAUGACAAUGAGAAAAUAACGAGAUUUCUCCUUGCUAUGGGAGCUAAAAUUGACAUCUGUGAUAAAUUUGGGUGGACACCACUUCAUCAAUCCACAGCUGAAGGUCAUGAAGCUAAAGUGAAGCUUCUCAUUGAGUGUGGAGCCAAGACCAAUACUAGCGACGAUGCGGGUCAAUCGCCCCUUAACUGGGCAGCGAUGAGUGGCCAUGAGGUAAUAGCGAGGCUUCUUAUCGAAGCGAGAGCCGACAUUGAAACAUACGACAAGUAUGGGUGGACGCCCCUCCAAUGGUCCUCAGCACAUGGCCAUGAGGCGGUAGCGAGACUUCUGAUCACGAUGGGAGCUGAUGUCAAUACCAGGGAUCUGAGAGGACAGACACCGCUUGACCAGGCCCUGAGAAAUGGCCAUGAAGGAGUGGCAAGGUUUUUAACCGGCAAGAAUGCUCGGAGUGGACUAGAUCCCAUCAAUCAGUAG